AUGGAUAGUGUGUCCAGAUUUGAUUCAGAGGUUGCAUUAGCACAGAAAAGAUGUCUAGUAGAAGAUGAAGAACGAUCGGAACGUCCUUCCAAAAGAAUGAAAAUGCCGGAUCUUGAAUCCAUUUCUCGGAUGGAAGCUCAAUCAGGAGGAGGAAGCAGCACGGCGUAUAACUCUGCCCCAAGAGCACUUGAUCUCAAUGCCAAUUUAGAUACUGCUAGCAAUGUGGUUGGGGACAGUACUCCAGUGUAUAUCAAGGAACCCAACAAAUUGCCCAAAUCUGGGAAUGAACAAAAGUCGAGAGGGUUUGGUGUAGAUCUAAAUACUGAAGAUAUUUCUAGUUCAAUCAACCAAGACCCGUUCUAUCCUUAUAAAAACUACGAAAAUUUGAAAAAAAGGGAUGAUUCUGAUUGUGCAAGUUCCGUUGGUCCAGUGGAGGAAAAAGAUCCAAUGAGAGUUUGGAACAAGAUGAAACAAAACAAUUAUCUUUCCACUUCUUAUGCAGCAGUGACGAUGCCAAAGCCACGGGGGAGGAAGAGUAAAAAUGAAGUGAUUAAGAAAAAUAUAGAGCUUGCAAAGAAAGAACAGGUAGAUAGGUUUGCAAGAAUUGCUGCUCCAAGUGGGUUGCUUAAUGGGCUAAACCCUGGAAUCAUAAACCAUGUGAGAAACAGUAAACAGGUUCACUCUAUUAUAGAAGCAGUGGUAAAAUCUGCAAAAACUGAAAAUCAACAAGCUGGAAGCAACCAGGCUAACCAAAGAAAAAGUGGCACAAAAGAAUUUAGUGAAAGGGAGAACCUGGAACACAUGAAUUGUGCAGGAGUGAAUGAAUGUGGUGUUAAUCAUGAAGAUAAUUUGUCGGGAAGAUGGCAGAUGAGCAGCUAUCCAUCAUUGAGCAAAUCAAUUUCUUUGAACUCCCAUCUUACCAGGGGAGAUGGCGAGCCAUAUAAGGCAGAAACAAGGAUCUCUGGUAGGGUGCCUUCACAGUACACCCCAGAAACUGAGGAUGGACUUGCACUAAAGCUUUCAUCAUCACUAACUGCUGCAUCAGAGAAUACUUGCUCUUUGUUAAAUGAGGAGUCAGCAAACCUUUCUGGUGUUACUUCACUUUCUGUUAAAGCUGCUAAUGCAGCUUCCCAAUGGUUGGAACUUCUUAAUCAGGAUAUCAAAGGACGUCUUUCAGCUCUUCGGCGUAGUAAGAAGAGAGUCCGUGCUGUAAUUCACACAGAAUUACCUCUCCUAGUGUCAAGAGAAUUUUCAUUUAACCAAGAGACUGAUAUGCAAAUAAAAGAUUCUAUUGUUUGCCACCCUGACAAAGCAACUGUUGAUGCACACUUUGUUAGAUGGAGCACACUGUUUGCUCAGAUGGAUAAAACACUUUGUGAAGAAGAGAAUCUUCUGGAAACUUGGCUGAAACAAGUAAAGGAAAUGCAGUUGCAUUGCGAAUGGGGUCUUUACAAACACAGUGGCCAUCGUGCUUUGCAGCAGACUGGUCCUAUAGGAUGCUUGACUAGAUUAGGGGAAACUGAUAACUCAGAGAGGGACUUAACCAUUAGGGCUGCUGCUGCUUCCAUUUAUUCAACUUGCAACUUCUUGUUGUCAACGGAAAAUUUACCACGUCCCUAA